CUAGUCUAGCCAGCAUAGCUAACUUAGAGAUGUCAUUCGGUUUGGGUGACAGCUAUUUCCAAAACCCUCUCAAAUUAGAUAGCUAGUUAGGUAACGUCAUUGUAAAAUGUAAACAAAUGGCGAUAAUUUAAUGUAAAGUCAGCUAAUUUAGGUAGCGACUUUAUCUUCAGCAUUUAGUUUUUUAGCCAUUCUGUGCGAUCCCUGGCGUGUCCGCAUUGUUAUUGUGAGCGAUUAAGAAAUCAGCUGCGCGAUAGCGAGACUAAGUUGGUGAGUUUCGCACACCAAUCACACUGCGUGGGGAACAGCCGACGGGCAAAGGUGUUCGACGGGAAUCCGAGUGAUGGAUCAGCUCAAAGUCAAAGACCGAAUUCUGGAAAACCUGUCGCUGUCUGUGAAGAAGUUGCAGAGCUACUUUGCCGCCUGUGAGGACGAGACGCCGGCGAUCAGGAACCAUGACCGCGUCUUGCAGCGCCUGUGUGAGCACCUGGACCAUGCCCUGCUUUACGGGCUGCAGGACAUCUCCUCGGGCUACUGGGUCCUGGUGCUGCACUUCACCCGCAGAGAGGCUAUCCGACAGAUAGAGGAGCUCCGGCACAUCGCAACCAACCUGGGACGCAGCCGGGCCUGGCUGUACUUGGCACUGAGCGAGAGCUCGCUGGAGAGCUACCUCCGCCUCUUUCAAGAGAACCAGGGGCUGCUGCAGAAAUAUUACUACAAAAAUGCCUUGGUUUGCAGCCACGAUCACCUCACUCUCUUCCUCACUCUGGUGUCCGGCCUGGAGUUCAUCCGAUUCGACCUGGACCUGGACGUCCCGUACUUGGACGUGACGCCCUACAUGCCGGAGUACUACAAGCCUCAGAACCUUCCGGACUUCGAGGAGCGGCUGCCCAGCGCCGACAGCCUGUCCCUGCACUCCUUCACCUCCACCAACCUGGAGUGGGACGACAGCGCCAUCGCCCCCUCCAGCGAGGAUUUUGAUUUCGGUGACAUCUUCCCCAUUUUUCCCGCAGACUGGGAAGAGGGCGACCUCACCGACCCGACCCACUGCCCCUGCUCCGGCGCCCUCGAAUCCCCACCUGUCGUCGGGGCGUCGGCGCCCCUGAGCCCCCCGUUCCGGCGCAGCCACUUCAACGAGGAGUCGGACGCCAACGCGUCCGCCGACGCCACCCCCGUCCACAGGGCCAGCCGGCAGGGCGCCGCUGACGGGGGCGACGGCGAGAGCACGGAGCUAGAGGUCAUCAGGGUGGCAAGGCGAAGGAAGCCAGGGAAGAAGCGCAGAGGGAAGUCCACAAGCAGUGGCCACGAUGCCCCCCCGGCACCUCUUGACAAUGGCACGGGGGACCCUUGUCUUGAUGGCACAGGACACGCUGUUGAGGGGACUGUAACAGCAAAGAUGGAGGAGGGCACGGAGGGCUCGCGGCGGCUCAGCGAGACAGUGGACUCCACUUCUGCAGAUGCCGUGGGGCAGCCUGUGGGGGAGGUCGCGCACGAGGUGCGUGUGGCUCUGGAGGGGGCAGAGGAGGAGGAAGAGGAGGAGGAAGAAGAGGAGGGAGGAGAUUGUCCCGGUCCCCUGUCCCCUCAAGAGCCCUUUCUGGGUGACUCCGAGGACGAGGCCCCCAACCCCAUCUUCCUGGAGGCCCCCCCAGCACCGGUGGACUUCUACCGCUUUACCCCUCACAGCCCAGACUCUGCUGUCCCGGGUGGUGGUCACCAUGACUCUGCAGACCCUGGCCAAUCAGAGGCUGGUUGCCAUGAAGGCAGUGAAAAUGAGAGAGAAGAAGGGGUGCUGGCUGGACUGGACACCCCCCCGAGCCUUGGGGAAGAAGCAGAGGAGGCGGAGGAAGAAGAGGAAGAUGGAACACAGCCAGAGGAAGGGGAGAACAGCUGUUCCCCAGAAGAUGAAGGAGAGGGAAAAGAGGAGCCAGAAGAGGAGAAGACCAGCCCGGCAGAAAUCACCCAUCCUGCUGAGUUCAGGGUGGAUAACAACCACCUCCUCCUGCUCAUGCUGCACGUGUUCAGGGAGAACGAGGAGCAGCUGUUCAAGAUGGUGAGCAUGAGCACCGGCCACACGGAGGGAGACCUGCAGGCCCUGUACAUCCUGCUGACAGACUGCUACAUCUACCUGCUCCGCAAAGGGGCAGCAGAGAAGCCCUACACGGUGGAGGACUUCAUCUCCUACAGCGAACUCGACUAUCUCUCGGUCGGCCUGGACCAGCAGACGGUCAGGCUGGUGUGCACCAACAGGAGGAGGCAGUUCCUGCUGGACACGGCGGACAUGUCACUGACCGCCUGGUUUCUGGAUGCCCUGAGUUCGGCCAUGAUUAAGGGGUGCCGGCAGCCCCCCUACCCUUCCGUCCUGACCGAUGCCACCAUGGAGAGGCUGUCCCUUACCAAGUUCGUGUCCCAGGAGGCGCACUGCGAGGUAUCCGAAGUGUGUGUCCUGCUGUACUCCCUGGUUCACUGGGAGGACCCCCUGGACGUAACCUUGGGCCAGCAGGUGGCGCCGAACGGGCCUUCGGACUCGGCCAGCACCAAGGAGGGCCCCCUGUUGUACCGUGCUGGAACCACAUACCUGGGGAGGGAGCUAUGGAAGAGCUGCUAUCUCGUUCUCAGCAACGGUAUACUCUAUCAGUACCCAGAGAGGACAGACGUGACUCCACUGGUGUCCAUCACCAUGGGUGGGGAGCACUGUGGGGGCUGCCGGCGCUCCCACUCCUCGGAGCGGCGGCACUCCUUCCAGGUGAUCCUGACAGAGCGCCCCCCGCUGGAGCUCAGCGCGUGCGACGAGCGGGACAUGGCCGAGUGGAUGCAGGUCCUCUGCCAGUCCGUCUCCAAAGGGAUGAUCCCGCAGGGGGUCACUCCCUCUCCGUGUAUCCCAUGCUGCCUCGUGCUGACGGACAGGCAGCUGCUGACGUGUCACCAGGACUGCCAGACCAGCUUCUUCCGCUCCCUCGGGGCAGCCGAGCUGCGUGACGUCACCGCCAUCUCCCUGGAGAGAGACAAAGAAUACUGCGUCAUUGAGUUUGCAGAGGACCGUGCUCAGUUCCUGCCACCCUGGGUGCUGUACUUCAGCGGCUGUGAGGAGAGAGACCGCCUGCUGGGGGCACUAGAGAGCGCCUGGAAAGACAUCUUCCAGUCCAGUCUCCCGCAGAAGGGCGUGUCGGACGCCUCCCUGCAGAGGCGGUGCGGGGAGGCGCUGGCCCUCAUCAGGAGCGCCUGGCAGCGCAGCGACAGCCUGCACCGCGGCAGAGAGCGGAGGGAGCCCUGGUGCUGAGGGCCGUCCACCACCAACAAACACCCCCUGCGCAAACAGGAACGGAUACUAAGCACAGGGACUCUUUAGGGUUUGCACAGGGUGAAGCGCACAUCACUCCGAGGGUUACUGAGCACGACAAUGCACUACGGUCAGGUUGAAC